GUCACUACUUCAACACGUAUACAUAGCAAGCGGCCGCGGCGUUUACAAUUUUUUUUUCUACUACUUUCAUUUGAUAUCAGGCAAAUAACACGCGAGAGCAAACAUAGAAUCGAAAUGACGAGCAACAGAUUGUGGAGAACGUGUCUAAUCGCGAGCGCGUGCUGUAUCCUGACUCUGCGAGCCCAGCCUCUGGAGCGCAAAUACGCAGCUUCCGACGGCUCGGCCGUAAUAAUAACGCCCGCACAGCCUGCGCAGGAGCGAAGCGGCGGCGGCGGCGACGACGAUCACGGCAUCGCCGCGCCCGAGGCCGAUUUCGACAUCAUGCACCUGGACGACGGCCUGACGGACGAGGAGCGGGCUCGAUUGGACAUCGAGGAUCUGGAGAGAGGCAACAAUGAGUCGGAAGCGGAAGCGGAACGGCAGGAUUACGGGAAAGUCGUCAAAGCGUUGACGGGCUCGCUUGGCAAGCAGCAGAGUAAAAAACAAUACCGUAACCAGCAGCAGCAGCUACAACAGCAGCUCGUCGCGUCUUAUGCAUUCUAA